CACCCUACCCAUCCCUUCUACACAUGGAUGUAUACAUACUGUACACGCACAGUAAAUGUUUCUCUAUCCUUCUUAUCUUUUUCUCUUUUUCAUUUUGCCCUUGUCCGGAUUUACAUUUUCCAGAUCUUCGAUUUUCCUUCUGUUUUUCCCUUGAUUCUCUUUACAUGGAGGAUGAGGCGACAGUAAUUAUAUUUACCAAUUCACAGAUUGCGGCGAGCUGAAAUUUUAUGGAAAUUUUAAAUCUUAAUCAGAAAUAAAAUGUGAUGUUCCGCAUUCGGGAACGUUUCAUCAGCCCUGGCAGAAAAAAUUCUCUGCUUCGUAGUGUUACAUCUUCAUUUAAAUUAUGUCCAUUAGUGUAAUCGGAAUUUUACGUUCAGUUAUCAUAAAUCAUGUAUUUCUCUUUCUGUAACAUUUAUUGUUGAAGUAGAUCUUGUGCAUAGUUUACAGGUUUCCUUUCAUUUUCUAGUUUUUGUGGACAAAAUUCAAUGAUUCUAAAGACAUUCAUGCCAUCCCCUAGUUAUGAAGCAGCUCUUUUAUACAUUUAUUAUUUCACGAUGCUUCAGUGAAGCUUUUAAUUUCAAGGAAGAUUAAUAUUGUGGUUGGAUGGCGAUGGUGGAGGAGCCUCUGUAUCCAAUAGCGGUGCUCAUAGAUGAGCUCAAGAAUGAUGACAUUCAACUCCGGCUGAACUCUAUACGAAGACUAUCCACCAUUGCACGUGCACUGGGGGAGGAAAGGACUCGAAAAGAGGUGAUACCAUUUCUGAGCGAGAACAAUGACGAUGAUGAUGAGGUGCUCCUUGCUAUGGCUGAAGAAUUGGGUGUUUUCAUUCCAUAUGUUGGAGGGGUGGAGCAUGCACAGGUUUUGCUCCUCCCACUGGAAACCCUUUGUACUAUGGAGGAGACCUGUGUGAGGGAUAAAGCUGUAGAGUCAUUGUGCAGAAUCGGAACACAGAUGAAAGAAAGUGAUUUGGUUGAUUCUUUUGUUUCACUUGUGAAGAGGCUGGCAGCUGCUGCGGGAAAAGUGACUAAGUUUUGUCGAAUUGUUAACCCCAAUCUGGCUAUCCAACAUAUUCUUCCCUGUGUAAAGGAUGCAACAAUUGAUCAACUUCUUCCCAUAUUUCUUUCACUUUUGAAAGAUGAAUUUCCUGAUGUUUGCCUUAAUAUCAUCAGCAAGCUAGAUCAAGUCAAUCAGGUUAUUGGAAUUGAUUUGCUCUCGCAAUCUCUAUUACCAGCUAUUGUUGAGCUGGUAGAGGAUAGGCACUGGAGAGUUCGGCUCGCCAUCAUAGAAUAUAUACCUUUAUUGGCUAGUCAACUGGGUGUAGGAUUUUUUGAUGAAAAGCUAGGUGCCCUAUGCAUGCAGUGGCUACAGGACAAGGUGUACUCCAUUAGAGAUGCUGCAGCUAAUAAUCUGAAACGUCUGGCAGAAGAAUUUGGUCCAGAGUGGGCAAUGCAGCAUAUCAUUCCUCAGGUUCUGGAUAUGGUAAACAAUCCCCAUUAUUUGUACCGGAUGACUGUUCUUCGUUCAAUUGCCUUGCUUGCUCCCAUUAUGGGUUCUGAGAUCACAUGUUCUCACUUGCUGCCUGUUAUGGUCACCGCAUCAAAGGACAGAGCACCCAACAUUAAGUUUAACGUUGCAAAGGUGCUGCAGUCAAUGAUCCCCAUCGUUGAUCAUUCUGUGGUGGAGAAAUCGAUACGCCCCAGCUUAGUAGAGCUUGCCGAGGACCCUGAUGUAGAUGUCCGUUUUUUUGCCAAUCAAGCGCUUCAGUCAAUUGAUCAUGUGAUGAUGAGCUAAACGAGUGUGUGAUAUGCAAUGCCACUGCCUGAAGGUAUGCAAUUCAAUUUUAGUUGCUGUCUUGGAUAAUAGAAAGGAACAUGAUUUGUGUUUCAUUCCUCAGUAUCUUAAAUUUUUGUUUGCCCCUCUACUCACAUAAUCUGUCAUCUUACUAAUUUUUAACAACAUUGUAUCUUCAACUCUAUGUCUACAAUUUUUGCAUACCAAAAUUUAUGCAAUGUUCUUUCUUGACGGUUUCA